AACACUUUUACGAAGCCUCGGUGUCGAACGUCACAUCACUACCGUUUUGUUGCAAACACAUGAGCAGCUUAACACUGUCCGGCUGUCGAGACGUCCUCUGUGUUUCCGUCUGGUUCGCAUCCUUUAGAAACUCCAAACACCGACCACACGUACAGCAAAACCGCCUUAAGCUGCUCAUGUGUUUGCCACAAAACGGGCAAAACAUCCCUCGGCCGCAGUCCAUGUUCGGUCACCAUAAACUUUAUUUACGGCAUUUACUCCACAACCACAACACGAAUUUACCCGCUCACCAACAACAACACCUUUCACUGCGUCACUUCCGGUGUGUGGUACAUUCCCUUUCCGUGAAGAAUCUGUCAUUGUAAAUUUGUUUCGGGACUGGUAGAAGUGUUUUGCGUCUUGUUAAUUUGUUUUCUAAAAUGUUAUUUUAUGUACAUAGCACAACAACGGUCCUCCAAACCACCUAAAACAGCCAGAUUAAUCAGUUUUCCACAGCAGGCCAAAUGUGUCAGCUUCUGGUAUCUAAUCUACGGUGGAAGGAUUGGCUCUCUCAAAUUCGUCACCAAGCAUGCUAAUGGAAAACAGACGCUUAUAUGGAUGAGGACAGGAACUCAAGGCAACAAGUGGCAUUUUGUGGACCUAAGUUUCGCAGACAGUGAAGAACCAAUUCAGUUUAUAUUUGAGGGCAUCCUGGAAGGCACUGAUGGCUACAUUGCCAUAGAUGACGUGCAGGUGUCAAGCAGUGUAAAUGGGUCCUGUCCAGCUGAGCGAGAAUGCACCUUCCAAGGCUCUCUAUGUGGCCUGAAGCCUGACCCUACAACUGAUUUUGCCUGGAUCCGAACCAAUGGAGAACUGGCCAUUGGCACUCCCAGCCCUGCAGUGGACCAUACUUUAGAGACUGAUAAAGGCUUUUACCUGAGUGCAAAGCUGUGGAAGUACCCCAAAGGCAGCAGAGGCAGCAUACUGACGGAUGUCAAUCAACCGACCUCUGAGCAUGGAGAGUGUUUGAUGUUCUGGUACCACAUGAAUGGUAAAGAUGUGGGUUCUCUUAACAUCUAUGUCCAGGAGCUACACAGUGCCAGAUCUCAAAUGCCUGUGUGGAGUGCAAGUGGAGAUCAAGGAGAACACUGGAGACACGGCAGAGCAACAAUCAUAAGUCCUCACAGCCCAUAUAAGGUCGUAUUUGAAGCAGUGGUUGGAGAUGAUCAGAAGCAUGAUAUUGCUAUUGAUGACCUAACUAUCCUAAAUGACCCUUGCCCACCUCAUGGGUUUUGUGAUUUUGAGAUGGACACGUGUGGAUGGUCGAAUACUCGUGUCGAUGUCUCCAGUGUUGACUGGAGCUGGACCUCUGGAACCAGUGCCACUUCAUUUGCUCCUAAGGUUGACCACACCACCAACACUGCCAUGGGGCACUACAUGGCUUUUGACUCAAGUGCAUUAACAGAUCAGAUUUCUCAUCUUCAGAGUGAGGUGAUGGAGCCUGAAUCUCAAGGUUGUUUGGAGUUCUGGUACCACAUGUAUAUGUGGAGCAUAGACAAGCUUAAACUAGCAGUUUAUGUAAAUGAGUCUGGUUCUCUACGCUGUCUGUGGAAUCGAACUGGCAAUCAGCAGAAUGUGUGGCACCAUCUCACUGUAGACUACAAAUCAUCUGAACGACACCAGAUUGUGUUUGAAGCCGUGAGUCGAUUCUUAGACGAUGGAGUCAUUGCUUUGGAUGACAUCUAUAUCAGGAGGAACACACGCUGCUCUGAUCUUACCCCAACAACACCUGCACCCACAACCGAGCCCACCUCUCCACCUCCGUCCUCAAUAGACUGCAACUUUCAGGAGGGACUAUGUGACUGGGUCCAGGAGACAGAUGAUGGAUUUGACUGGACCCAUCAGAUGGGUGGACAGGUGAAAGAACCAUUGCUAGGACCUUUAUAUGACCACACCUUAAAAAACAACAAUGGGUUUUAUCUUAUUGUAAAUAUGGCUGGAGAACAUGAAACCAGUGAGGCAGCUGUUAUUUCAGCACCAAUGAUAAUUCAGAGUACUGAUGUCUGUAUUGGAUUCUGGUACUACAUGAUAGGAGCAUCUCUUGGAAACUUAGAUCUGCUUGUUGAGACGAAAACAAUGGAAAACAUCACAUGGACAAGAAGAGGCUCCCAGACUUCUGAGUGGCUGAACGCACAAGUUUCCAUUAGUACUGCAGAUGUUGAUCGAGUGAAGUUCUCAGUGAACAGAGCAGCAGGAGGUAGUGGCUUCAUUGCUAUCGAUGACCUCAGAGUGACUGCAGGAGCCUGUGUGGAGCACAACCCUUGUGGAUUCGAGUCUCCCUCGCUUUGUGGCUUUGAGUCUGAUGUGACUGAGAGCUCUAUCUGGCUCCGUAUGGAUGGCAGCAGUGGCCAUCCAGACCAUACAUACAGAACUAAACUUGGCCAUUCAAUGGCUGUGCUUGGAGCCAAACUUGAGAAACCAGAGGUUUCAAAUCUUCUGACACCAGAGUAUAGCCCAUCUACAGAGUCCUGCGUGCAGUUCUGGUAUUGGCUGUCUGCAGGCUCAGGUGAUUCACUUUCAGUACAUGUUCUUCUGAAUGGGGAACUGGGUACAGCUCUCUGGUCUCUUUCUGGAGCAUCUUCUAAUAGUUGGGAGGUGGCAGAAGUCACUAUGUCAUCUCCCUCUGAAUUCAGAUUGGCAUUCAGAGCAGUGCUCAGUGCAAACUCUGAGUCAUUUGUUCUUCUGGAUGAUGUCUCAGUUCAAACUGGAGCAUGUUCCCCAAGAGGAAGUUGUGAUUUUGAGUCAGGAAAGUGUACAUGGGUGAAUGUUGCUAAUGGCGUCACAGAUGUACGUGACUGGAUUCAUGCAGACGGUCACUACAGAGGUCCUUUGGUUGAUUACACUACUCACACUGCAGAUGGCAAGUUUCUUUUGAGCCCAUCUCAGAGGAACACGCAAGGCCAAAAAAGUAGUUCUGUGCUGAUAUCAGAAAAGAUCCAGCCAACCAGUGACUCUUGUUUUGAGUUCUGGUACCAUAUGAAUGGAAGUGACCCUGGCAUCCUUAGAGUGCUAUUAGAUUCAGGUGCAACAGAGCAAGAACUGUUGUUUGAAACACAGAUCACUGGGAGCAACUGGAAAAAUGUCUCUGUCACUAUAGCUGAGACCAAACCCUUUCAGAUUCAUAUAGAAGCUCAAACGGGCAGUGAAGGCUACAUCGCUGUGGAUGACAUUAGACUGACAAAUGGGCCAUGUAAAGACAUCAGUGUGGAAAGUGGAGUGUUUGUUGGCUGUGACUUCGAGACAGGCACCUGUGAAUGGAAAGAUAUCAGUGUUGGGCAGUUCAUUUGGGAAAGGGACCAGAAUGGUACAACCACCACCAACACCGGACCAUCAGUGGACCACACUACUGGCACAGAGUUAGGCUGGUACAUGACAGUAGAAGCCAGUCGUGGUGAGCAGAACAGCUAUGCUGCUCUACAGAGUCCUGCCAUGAAAGAGGCCAGCAAUGAGUGUCUAUUUGAAUUCUACUACCACAUGUUUGGAGAGGGCAUUGGGGAACUGAAAGUGUUCCUCCAGGAGGGCCCAAGGAGGACGCCCUUGUGGUGGAUGUCUGGUAAUCAUGGAGAUGAGUGGCAUCGGGCAGAGUUAAGUGUGGGUCGCACACAUCAAGUUUUCGCUCUCCUCUUCGAGGCUACCAGAACCUACAGUGAGCUCGGGGACAUUGCUAUAGAUGACAUCUCCUUCUUCAACUGCACUCUGCCAGGGCCUCAAGAAUCUUGUCAAGAGGAAAUGUUUACAUGUUCGAACAAGGUGUGUGUGGAGCUGAACAGAGUGUGUGACUACAGCGAUGACUGCGGUGAUGGCACGGAUGAAGAGCUCUGUGAUGUAAAGGGUUUUACCCAUCGCUGCAGUUUUGAGCAUGGCAUGUGCUCGUGGGAAAAGAGUGACUUGAAAGCUGGCUGGAUUUUGCAGAAAGGAGAACAGGCUUGGCCUAAACAUGGACCACCAAGAGAUCACACCCUCAAUACAGCAGCAGGUCAUUACAUUACUCCAGCAUAUGAUCUGGGUGAGAUCCAGACUGCAGAGAUCACUUCCAGAACCCUGCUGCCCAGCACUGAUUGCACCGUGAGGUUCUACCACUAUUCUCAUAGUGAAAACAGCACAUCUGCCAGGCUAAUCGUCAUACUGAGGACACUACGUAAUGGAGAUGAUGACCGUAUACUUUGGGACAAGACUGUGACACAGAGCUUCCUCUGGCACAGAGCGGAAGUCACCUUUUCUACCUCAGUUAAGAGCAAGAUUGUUUUCCAGUAUGUGGAAAUGGGUGAGCCUCAUGUGCCACAGACAGCAGUGGAUGAUCUUUCCUUCUCUGUGACGUGUGCUCAUGAUCCUGACAACAGUGAGCUGCCAGUCACACCUGAACCGACGAUGACACCAGCUACAACAACAACACCAAUGACUGAUGCUCCUCCAGCUUCACCAACAGUCAACCCUUGUAAGGAGAACGAGUUUCACUGCUGGCGAUCAGAUGGUGUAACAUGCAUUGCAGCUGGUGCUCAGUGUAAUUAUGCCCUAGACUGCCCUCUAGGGGAAGAUGAAGAAGCAUGCGGUCCAUGCAAUUUUGAGAAUGGACAGUGUCAAUGGAGUGAUAUAAGUGUAGGUCCUAACAAAUGGCAAUGGGUGAAGGCCUCAAACAACACAGACCUGCCCACUGACCACACCACUGGAACAGGGCACUACAUGCAGACAUAUAUCAUGGAUCCAUCUAAGAAUGAGGCUGUGUUUCAGAGCCCAUCCCUGCCUAUCAGCUCUGCAUACUGUCAACUUCUGUUUCACUUCCACAUGGAUGCAGGAAGUGCAGGCAAUCUCAGCGUGAUCCUGCAGAAGGGAGAGGAGGACAGGAAGCUGCUCUGGUCACGACCCAGCAGCACUUCAACUCAGUGGGUCCCAGAACUCUUACCACUGGGCAAACAAGAACAGCCUUACAGGAUCAUUUUCAGCAGCCAGACCUCACUCAGACAGGAUGAUUCUAUGUCUACAACUCGGGUCAUGGCCCUGGAUGAUAUCUCCUUCCACAACUGUGAGAAAGACUACCAACCUCCAGACUUUUCCUUGGCCACAUGCUCCUUUGAGAAGGACUUGUGUGGGUGGAUCCAGGGAGCUGCAGAGGACCUAGACUGGGAGAUAUGGAGCGGACCUACUGAGACCCCAAAUGCAGGUCCUCCGGGUGACCACACCAGUGGAAAUGGGUAUUAUUUGUACAUCAAGAGCUCAAGUCACAGCAGAACUGGGGAGACAGCUCAUCUGAAGUCUCCUCUGUCUCCCCCAACUGGACCUGAUGGGUAUUGCUUCACAUUCUGGUAUCACAUGUUUGGAGCAACAGUGGGAUCAUUAAGAAUGUCUACAUAUGACAUUUCAUCCAACCACAUCACAUCAAUGUGGCAAAGGAAGGGCUCUCAGGGGACUGAAUGGCAGAUGGCUCAGAGUCAUGUGAAACUGACAGAAGUUCAUCAGAUAUUAAUUGAGGCUUCAGUUGGAGGGCCGUCUGGUCACAUUGCUAUAGAUGAUUUAUCUGUCACUAUAGGUGCCUGUGCUCCCACAGAGGGAAUUUGUGACUUUGAAGAAGGGGAUUGUGGCUGGAUACAACAGACUGAUGAUGACCUGGACUGGAUCCGAGUGUCAGGAAAUAAUGUCAAAUCUAAAUCUAGACCUGGUUUGGAUCAUACAACCAACACAGCGAGUGGAUACUACUUUUAUAUGGAAAGUGCGCCUACCCAUGUGCAAGGACACACUGCUAGAAUGACAUCUCCUCAGCUUCAAACAGGUGAUGCCAAGUGUUUCCAGCUGUGGUAUUACAUGGAGGGACAGGGCACUGGGACCCUAAAUGUGUAUCAACAGUUCUCAGACAAAGAUCAGCCCCUACUGGUGACCCAGUCUGGAGAGCAGGGUGGACUGUGGAGGUUUGCUCAGACUCCUCUAACCAUCUCAGGGUCAAACUACAGGAUUGUGGUGGAGGGGAUUACAGGCCAAACUGAACAGGGAGUCAUAGCACUUGAUGAUGUUCAGGUUUCAAACUAUCCCUGCGCUGCUUCAGGACAAUGUGACUUUGAGGUAAACUUCUGCAGCUGGAUGAAUCUGUUGGAUGUGGAUGAUGCUGACUGGCUCAGAGCCCAGGCAGGCACUGGAAAUCACACACGGCCCAGUGUGGAUCACACCACCAACACUUCCACAGGUUAUUACCUUUAUAUGGACAGUUCUGUGGGGGCCUGGGGAGACACUGCCAAAAUCCUGAGUGAGAUAUUCACCCCUGACAGCAGAGGGCACUGCUUCACAUUCUGGUAUCAUAUGUAUGGAUACAAUGUUGGGACACUCAAGUUAUACAAAAAUAACAGGACCACCCAUAACAGCGGGAAUAAGAUUGGCCAGAUAGUAUGGGAGGAGUCAGGAGAUCAGGGCGAUGUGUGGAGGAGAGGCAACGUCUAUGUGGCAUACCGAGAGCCUUUCUGGUUUAUAUUUGAAUUCCUGAAAGGAGCAGGUCCCAAAGGAAGUAUAGCUAUUGAUGAUAUUCACAUCAUUCCCGGGCCUUGUGAUUCAUAUCCCACCUCUCCACCUCCACACCACCGUGACACUGUAGGUAUUGGUGUUGGAGUGGGAGUGACACUUUUUGUGAUAUUUGCUGUUGGCGUUGUCCUUUUUGUGCUGAAUAAAAAAAGAAAAAGGGAAUCUAUACUUGAAGAUGACGUGCUUGAUAGUAGCUUUUCUUAUAGCCGCUUUGACUGCAACAUGAGUGGUUUGACAUCUACAGGAGAGAUCGACAGCUCCAGUAAUGGAAACGACACAUCUUUCUCAUAAGAUGAACAAUCGUAGACACAGAUGGAAACAAAUCUUUAUAAAUCUCAUGUCAUCUACUGUAUAGCUUUAUUAUAC